UCCCUCCGCCCCGCCGUCCCGCCGCCACACGCCGCCGGAGCCCGGACCGCGCGCCCGUCCUCCUCGUCGUGCGUCGCCGCGGCCGCCGGACCCGCGCCGGCGGGAGCCCCGGGCUCACCAUGUCGGUCGCGCUCAGCAACAGGUUCCAAGGAGGGAAGGCGUUCGGCUUGCUCAAGGCCCGGCAGGAGCGGAGGCUGGCGGAGAUCAACCGGGAGUUUCUCUGUGACCAGAAGUACAGUGAUGAAGAGAACCUGCCGGAAAAGCUCGCGGCCUUCAAAGAGAAGUACAUGGAGUUUGACCUGAAUAAUGAGGGCGAGAUUGACCUGAUGUCUUUAAAGAGGAUGAUGGAGAAGCUCGGAGUCCCCAAGACCCACCUGGAGAUGAAAAAGAUGAUCUCGGAGGUGACAGGUGGGGUCAGUGAUACCAUCUCCUACCGAGACUUUGUGAACAUGAUGCUGGGGAAGCGGUCGGCUGUCCUCAAGCUAGUCAUGAUGUUUGAAGGAAAAGCCAACGAGAGCAGCCCCAAGCCAGUUGGCCCCCCUCCAGAGAGAGACAUUGCCAGCUUGCCCUGAGGACCCCCGUCUGGACCUGCCCCCGUUCCUCCCUCCCGAUCUUGCUGACCUUGAUUCAUUGUGAUUUGUCUUAUUUGUUUUGUUUGGUCAUCGUGCGUCUGUUUAGUUUUCAAUCAGCAGAAUCAGUGAUCUCUUUGUAAAGCACAAAUUUUCUGCCUUAAAGGGGCUCUGGGCCAGGGAAUUCUGAGCCUUGGGGACCCUCCCUCUUUUCUCUUCCCUCCUUCCCCCUUCCCUGUACAGAAGGGCUGACAUCAAACCAAAAACUGAAGGGAGCAGCCAGGACGGGGAGGCUGGAAGAUGGUGAGCCUCAUGCUUGGCACUGGCACAGUCCGUCCUUCCAGGGUCCCCGAGCUAAGUCCAGGCUCGCUGGCCUGGCCCUGGUGAGAACCACAGCCCACUUGCAGAAGAUCCUGGAAUGGGAACUAGGGUUUCCUCUUGGGCUGUCUAGGGCGUGGCCACUCACCCUCCUCCCCCAGUCCCCACUUCUUAUCCUCACGGAGGUGACAGAAGCAGAGGAGAGGGGCUUGGUAGUCUGAGCCAUUCAGGAAGGUUCCAGAAGAAAUCCUCUGGCCUUGGCUGCAGCCACAUCUUUAUAGGCAGCUCGGAGGGAAAGUGUAGCCCUCCUGUCCUUUGCUGGGGCAGCAAAGGGCUUUGGGGGGUAGAAGGGAGGCCAGGGGCCUUGGGAGGGGCAUCUGUUUGGUCUGGUGCCACCUUUCGGGGUGGGGGGGAUGCUGAGGAUAACAGGAUAAGAGAAGGAGGCAUAGAAUGCCCAUGGCAAAAAGUCAGCACCACUAAUUAGCCAAGAGCUGAGAAAUAGGUUGCCUUUCUGACCCCAAUCUGCUUGAAAGCUGACCGUGCCCCACCCCAUUUGCCUUCCCAUUCAUUUAUUCAUGCAGUCACUCACUCACUCACUCACUCAUUCAACAGGUAUUGACCACCUAUUAUAAGCUUUAAGUCCCCCCACUUUGUCCUGACAUGUGCUUUGCCCUCUAACCCAUCUCUCCAUUUCCAAUCACCUAAAACCUUGCCCUUGGGAAUUGGAUUGGGGUCCCUUAUAAUGGACUCCCAAGGUUCGAGAGCCCUGAUCCACUCUGUAGGUUAGCUGGACGGGUCCUCUUAUUUCACAGGUGAGAAAACUGUGGUGCUCACAGGGAUUAAGUGCCUUGCCAGGGGGUUAGUUGGGAGACGGAAAUUUGGACUGGAACCCAGGGGUUCAGAUGCCGUGCCCAUGCCUCAUCUCUGCUCUGGGCUGGUUCAGUGUUGAAAACGAGGGAAGGGACGGGGAGGGGUAAUUCCUAGGUCGAUACUUGGGGGAGGCCCUGGGCCAGGACUCACCCUUCCCGGGACCUCCACGUCAGCACCAGGGCUUGGGUAAGGGCCAGGCUGCCUUGGCCGUUCUGCCCUCCCUAGAGCUGCUCCGCCAGGCCACUUCCCAGAACUCACACAGGAAGGUGUCACCCUCAGCCCCUCCUUGGCUGAGCAGAGACCCCAGCCUUGGCCCCAUCUGGUUCUGGUGUCCCUUACCCUGCCCACUCAGGACUUGGAUGCGCUCAUCCAUUGAUUAUAUUCAUUAGGCUAUGGGCCAAGAGCGAAGAACCAGGUAGUGAACUGGACAGACUCCUAGAGUUUUCAUCUAGUGGGGGAAGUCAGAACCAGAGAACCACCAGGGAGAUGAAUGUUAAGAAAGAGGGGACUGUGGGGUGACUGCACUGCAAGACUGAGCAAGAGUCUUGGAGAAGCCCUUGCCCAACAUCUGGGUGCUGCUGGAGGUGGGAGUCCGUGUGGGCUCCCCGAGGCUCCUUAGUGACUCGUAAUCAAGGGCCCAAGGAGUUGCCCUUGCAGCAGCUUGAGGAGUGAAGAAGGUAGGGGGAAUGAGGAAAUGCCCAGGAUUAAUCGUGGAUAAUCCUGGUUAACCACCAGGUUAAUCUGGUCUCAACCAGUUGAGAAACAAGAUUAUUUGGCUAUGACUGGCUGAUCUUUAGCCCAAGGAGCUGCUUCAAAUGCACAAGCCUAGUUGAAGUUUAAACCCCAGCAAAACAGUUCUCCCUGUAAGUGUAAAACUCACCCCACCACCCCCACUGUCUCCCUCUCCCCCCAGAUCGUUAGAGAAACAACUGCCCGUCCCUACCCCUUCCCGCUGGCCUCCUUCUCUGGGACAGGCUGAGACCUUUGAGCAAGGUAAUACCUUCCCUCACUAUCCAUUAUAGUCAGUGUACCUGUUCCUCACUCAGGGACGAGGGCAGAAGCAACCGGGCUUGUUUCAGCAGGUUCCACAGUUAACAAGACUGUAGGAAGCCUUCUUUGAGGGAGGGACACGGGUGGGUGUGUCCCCAGCUUCCGGAGAGGGCAGGAAAGACAGUUCUCCAUUGGAUGAGGAGUGUCCUGGGAAACAUCACCAGUUCCUCCACCAUUUAUUAGCACUCAAUUCCUGGUGGGAGAGGGGCUUAAAAGUGGUCCCUGGAAAGGAGGGUCUGCAUAUAUUUCAGAUUGUGGCUACCGGCUCUCGGACUUACUUCCCUGGCCAAGGCCUCAGCUUCUUAGAACUUCAGCUUGUCUUCUUUCUGAAAGAACCAAAUCUGACUAACUGCAACCAGCAACGCGGGGACCGUCAAGCACGGCUUUGUCCCUAGACUCGAAAGUUUGCCGGGCACGUUCAGGUGGAUGGAGUAUGUGAGCGUGUGUGUGCACGUGAGUGCGUGUGGCACUGGAUGUCAUCUCUACAGACUAGAAAUAAAACAGACAGACUUACCAA